AUGGCCCAGAAGUCCAAAGUUAUUGAAUACAUUGAUGAAGCUUUGGAAAAAUCUAAAGAAACUGCCCUUUCUCGCCUUCUUUUCUCCUAUCAGGGAAUCACUUAUCCAAUUACCAUAUGCACUACAGAAACUUUCCAAGCACUGGAUCACUUUGAAGCCAGAGGAGAGGACAUAGUGCUGGCAUCCUAUCCCAAGUGUGGAUCAAACUGGCUUCUCCAGAUCUUUAGCGAAUUAGUAUCUACCAUCUCCCCUCAAAAGUAUGAACAUCCAGAAUUUCCAGUUCUCGAAUGUGGAGACCCAGAAAAAUAUCAGAGAAUGAAGCAAUUCCCAUCUCCAAGGAUUUUGGCAACUCAUCUCCAUUAUGACAAACUGCCCAAGUCUAUCUUCACAAAUAAAGCCAAGAUUUUGGUGAUGUUUAGAAAUCCAAAAGAUACAGCAACGUCUUUUUUUCAUUUCCACAAUGAUGUUCCUGAUAUUCCAAGCUUUGGCUCUUGGGAUGAUUUCUUCAGCUAUUUCAUGAAAGGACAAGUUUCUUGGGGAAGCUACUUUGACUAUGCAAUCAAUUGGAACAAACACCUCGAUGAUGAAAACGUUCUGUUUAUACUCUAUGAAGACCUGAGAGAGAAUCUAGCUGUGGGAGUGAAACAAAUGGCGGAAUUCUUUGGAUUCUCUCUGACCGGGGAGCAGAUUCAGGCCAUUUCAGAUCGGACCACCUUUCAAGCAAUGAGAGCAAAGUCUCAGGAAACACAUGGUCCAAUUGGGCCAUUUCUUUUUCGAAAAGGUGAAGUUGGAGACUGGAAAAAUCUGUUCAGUGAAACUCAGAGUCAAGAAAUGGAUGAAAAAUUCAAUGAAUGUUUAGCAGGCACUCCACUGGGAGUAAAACUGAAGUAUGAUAUGCAUUGUAAAGCUUAA